AUUAGCUCAUAUAUUCAAAUAUAAAUAAAUAACGGUCCUACUAUAUUAGGUAUAAAGAUUUUUAAUACAAAAAGUAAAAUUUAUUCAAUACUAAUUCAUUUGCUUGCCUAAAAAAGGUCAAAUACUAAUUCAUUUUCUACCAAAAGUUAUAGGUUUGAAUCUGACCUGUAAUAAAUAAAUUUGACUAAGAUUUCAUAAGUGAUCCUAUAUAAUUAAGGAGCUUCAGAUAUCUAGGAAUACUCCAGAGAUCCAAACAAAAAAACAUUCACAGGAUUUUACAGAAACCAUAGAAAUAACUUAUUAAAAAAACAAACCAUGGAUGUUCGGAGAUCUCCAUAUGCAUUCAUUGCAGUUUCUGUAAUAGUCAUGUUCUUGAUCACAGGAUCGGAAGCAAGAGCAAACUUAAAUGAUGAUGUUUGUCCAGGGUUAUGUUUUGCUGGAGCUGACCCAGACUGCAAUACACUCUGCCGUAACAUGGGGUAUCCUGGAGGCUACUGUUAUAAGGGAGUAACUUGUUGCUGCAACCCUAAAUCCUCUAAAGCCCUUAAUAUUCCUCCUCCUUAAUUUUGUUGUUUGUCAAUCUCAAUUAAUUGAUAUUUUAUAUUAUGAAUUAAACACUAAUAAAGCUCUAAAGUUUUACUAA